AUGGCAGAGAACAUAUGGCCAAACCAGACAACUGUUUCUGAAUUCAUACUCUUGGGAUUUGGAGAUCUUCCAAAGCUGCAGAUUCCUCUUUUCCUGCUAUUCUUAGCUAUCUACAUGGCAACCAUGGCUGGUAAUCUUCUCAUUAUUGUGUUAGUUGUGGCCGAUCGAAACCUUCACACCCCCAUGUACUUCUUCCUGGGAAAUCUGUCCUUCUUGGAAUCCUUCUGUAGCUCCACAGUCUUGCCUACGAUGUUGUCAAGCCUGUUGACUGGGGAAAAAAUUAUAUCUUUCAACUCUUGUUUUGUGCAGUUUUUCAUCUUUGCUUGCCUGGGAGGUACUGAAUGCUACCUCCUCUCCAUGAUGUCUUAUGACAGGUAUUUAGCAAUAUGUAAACCACUUCAUUAUGCAGUUCUAAUGAACAGUAGGUUGAGUUUCCAAUUAGCAGCUGUAUCUUGGAUAAGUGGAGUUUUGGUUAGCACGAGCUUGACUUUGAAAAUAUCAUGGCUAUCCUUCUGUGGCCCUAAUGAGAUUGAUCACUAUUUUUGUGAUGUUAUUCCUGACAUAGGUAUCUCAUGUAGUGACACUACUUCAUUUGAACUGUCAACAUUCAUAUUUACUUGUGUGUUCACACUGCCUCCUUUUCUCCUCACCCUGUCAUCUUACAUUUCCAUCAUAGUUUCUAUCCUCAGGAUUUCAUCCACCACUGGGAGGCAAAAGGCUUUCUCCACCUGCUCCUCUCACCUCACAGUGGUCGUGUUGUAUUAUGGAACACUGAUGCUUGUCUAUCUGCUACCAAGAUCUAAAAACCUAAGGGAAGCAAAGAAAGUCUUCUCCCUCUUCUACACAGUGUUGACGCCCAUGGUCAACCCCCUCAUAUAUAGCCUACGAAACAUGGAGGUCAAAGAAGCCUUGAGGAGGAAGUUAAGAGCCUUUUCAGCAUAUUUGACAGCAUGGCAUUUCCCACUUCCACUUUUGAAAUGA